CGUUGCACCCCAAAUUCCAAUUCCGCACUGGCAACGCGAGGAUCGGCGGCCAUGGCGAACGCGCGACUCAAGCAGGCGCGGCGCCGCGCGUCUUCUCGCAGCUCCAACGCCGCGCAAUCUGCAGCCCAUCCUCCUGCACAGACGCUGCCAUCUUCAUCCCUCGCUCAGAGCACUCCGACACCGCGAGAUGAGCAGAUUUCCGAUGCCCAGAGUGAACAGGCGGCACUCCAAGCCGCUCUCUUGGAGCGAAAAUCCGUCCUAGAGGAUAAAAUUCAAGCUCUUACACUAGGUAAGACCAUGCACAAAGAGGCUGAACCGGGCUGUGAUCCUUCAGGCCGACGUGUGGCCCGCUGUCAUCGAGAUUAUCUACUCCAAGAGAUGGAGUGGAUGGCUGCGGACUUCUCCCAGGAGAGAAAAUGGCGACUGCGCAACGCUAAGAUGCUCAGCCAGACGCUGGUAUCCCAUUUGGACAGACAAGAGCAGCGACUCGCUCGUCAACGGAAGAGCGAGGAGAUCGCUAGACGUAGAACCGCCGCCAGAGUGGGUAGAGACGUCAAGAAGUUCUGGACCAAGAUCGACAAGAUCAUCGCCUUCAAGGUGAAGCUACAGGCCGAUGAACUGAGACAGAGACACAUGCAGAAGCAUCUGGUGCAGCUUGUAGAGCAGACGGAGAAGUACGCGACGGCUUUGGUCGCGAGUUUCCAGGAGGCUGAAGAGAUGAAGGAAGAGAGGGCGAAUGAAGAGUAUAAAACUGUGGAGAGUGAGAACAGUGACGCAGAUUUUGAGUUGGUAGACGAGGAGGAAGAUGAUGAGACGACUAUCGAAGCUGAGGAGAGGAGAAGUGGACCCAUUUCGAGACGACAAGCAGCGGCGGAAAUUGCGACGUUGCAGGAGGAAGGAGAGAUGUCCAUUGAGGAGCUUAGAGCGAGAUAUGCUGCGAUGGAGGAGAGUGAUGGAGCUGAGGCUGGUGGCAGCAGUGAAGAUGGGGAGUUUGAGUUGACGGAGGAAGAAGAAGACGAUGAGACGACGAUCGCUGCUGAAGAACGAAGGAAUGGACCGGUGUCGAGGAGAGAGGCAGCUGCAGAGGUGGCUGAGUUGCAGGAGGAGAAUGAGUUGUCGAUAGAGGAGCUGCGUGCACGAUAUGCUGAAGCAUUAGGGGCUGAGGACGAGGCAUCUGGAGCUGAUCAAGAUGAUGUCAUGGACGUGGUGAAUGAUGGUGAUGUCGCGGACGUGGAUUUUAUACUGACAAGGCGUGACGAAGAGGAUCAGGCUGAUGACGAGACUACUAUUGCAGAGGAGGAAAGGUUAGAGGGGGACGUCUCGCCAUCCCAGAAGGCAGAAGAGUUGAGGCUGCUUCAAGAGGAGGGCGAGAUGUCUAUUGAGCAGCUUCGAGCAAGAUAUGCAGCAGCAUCAGGCGAUGAGUCGAGCAACCAUGAAGACGAAGACUCUGGGUCAGAUGAAGAGCAUGACGCAGCAAACAGAGAAGUGGAGCGUCCCGAGGCUGACGAAACCAAUGCAGAAGAGGUUGCUGUCCCUGCUUCUGAUGCAAUUACAACUCCAGCUAGGAAAAAUGGCUACAAGCGGCCUUAUCUCUUGACAUCACGCCUUGAUCUGCGAGAGUAUCAAGAAGCUGGCGUCAAUUGGCUCAUCAGCAUGUGCGAGCGACGCAUCAACGGCAUUCUAGCAGAUGAAAUGGGCCUUGGCAAGACUAUUCAGACGAUCUCUCUUCUGGCUCACCUCGCAUGCGCUCAAGGGCUGUGGGGGCCUCACCUUAUUGUAGUCCCCACUAGUUGUCUAGUGAAUUGGGAAAUGGAGUUCAAGCGUUGGUGUCCGGCGUUUAAAGUACUGACGUAUUUCGGCUCUGCCAAGCGCCGUAAGGAACUGCGGCAAGGUUGGUCAAAACAGAACGCGUUUCAAGUGUGCAUUACAAGUUACCAGCUGGUUGUGCAAGACGCGCAUUGCUUCAAGCGCAAGAAAUGGUAUUAUCUGAUCCUCGACGAAGCACACAACAUCAAGAACUGGAAGAGUUUAAGGUGGCAAACGCUGCUGACAUUCAGCUCGCAACGCCGGCUAUUGCUCACAGGAACGCCGCUGCAGAAUAACUUGUUGGAGCUCUGGGCUCUCAUGCAUUUCCUGAUGCCGCACGUGUUCGCAUCUCGGAAGGAAUUCAGCUAUUGGUUCCAGAAUCCUCUGGCGCUUAUGGUGGAGAAUGGGACUGAUCCAGCCCAGUCCGGGGAUAAUGGAGUCGAAGGUGGCAAGGACUUGGUGACUCAACUGCACGGUAUCAUUCGUCCGUUUGUUCUACGUCGAUUGAAGAAAGAUGUGGCGAAACAGUUGCCCGGAAAGUUCGAGCAUGUGAUCACUUGUCAGUUGUCCAAGCGCCAGCGAUUUCUGUACGAAGAUUUUAUAUCGCGAAGCAGUACACGACGCGCGAUGUUUGGUCGUGGAAAAGGGCGUGGGGCUAAUUUCAUGAGCAUGAUGAACGUCCUGAUGCAGCUGCGGAAGGUAUGCAACCAUCCGGAUUUGUUCGAACCACGGCCGAUUGCGUCUCCGUUGGAUAUGCCCAGUAUUCACGUGCAUGUGCCUUCACGCUGUGGAUAUUUGGUAGACGAGAUAGUGAAUGAGCGUCCUCGUGUGGCGCUUUGGACAGGUCAUAACUUACCAGAGCUGGAGUUACUGCGCAGUGAUAAGUUCAGCUCGAAACGACGAAGAGAACUCUUCUUCUACGACGUGAGUGCCCCGCUACCAGAUGAUACAAUAGCGACUGUGCCGCCUGCGUACGAAGGGAAGAAAGAUAUCGUUCGAAGGAUCAUGAAACUUGCAGCUAGACGACGAGAAUACUGGGAGCAGACACGUGCCAGUGUGUCAAAGCUGCAAAAGAUUCACGUUGGAUUGUACCUUGACGAACCUGUAUAUGGAGAUGCUCUUAUCCGAGCUUGCACGAUGCCAACGUUCAUCUCACCAGCCAUGGAGGUGCACAUGCAUCACGCUCGACCUUUUCUCGACGACCGUGAGCCGACACAAGCUCUACAAGCUAUGGUACGAGACCCCGAGGAGAGACUAGAAUCUCUACAGGCUUUGGUCAACAAGUCCGUCUGCUAUGUUCCGAAGGCCCGUGCGAGGCCUGCUCGUGUGAUCUAUGGAGGUGGCGGCUUCGUUUAUGACAACAACUUCGUGUUGUCUCGUAAAGCGCAGGCUGAGGAGCUCGAGAUGAAACAUGCGCACCCUGUAGCCAAUCGCAUCCUGACUCCGUAUUAUAACUCGUUCAAGCGCACACAGUUAUUUUUCCCUGACAAGGCGCUGGUGCAAUUUGACUGCGGUAAACUACAGCAACUUGCAGUGCUGCUGCGCACGCUAAAGCGCGGAGGUCAUCGGUGUCUCAUCUUUACACAAAUGAGCUCGAUGCUGAACAUCCUCGAAGUGUUUUUGAACCUGCACGGUCACACAUAUUUCCGUCUUGAUGGUGCGACCAAAGUGGACAAGCGGCAGAUGCUGAUGGAGCGUUUCAACCGCGACGAGAAGAUCUUCUGCUUCAUUUUGAGCACGCGAAGUGGUGGCUUGGGUAUUAAUCUUACUGGGGCAGACGCUGUGAUCUUCUACGACUCAGACUGGAAUCCCGCGAUGGAUGCACAGGCUCAGGACCGUGCUCACCGUAUCGGACAGACGCGCGAUGUUCAUAUCUAUCGACUGGUGAGUGAACAUACAGUGGAGGAGAAUAUUCUUCGCAAGGCGCAACAGAAACGUCACUUGGACUUCUUGGUCAUGUCGGAGGGUCAGUUUACCACGGAUUUCUUCUCUAAGGCGAGUUUACGCGAGCUUAUGAUAGGCACGGGGGAAGAACCGGAGGAUAUCGAGUCGGAAUCGGAAGAUGAAGGCUCUGAUGAAGACAUGGACGACAAUGAAGUGUCGCUUGAUACGGUAGAGAAUGCUAUGGCUCAGCUUGAAGAUGAAGAAGAUGUCGUGGCGAUGAAAGGCGCUCGGGCCGAGUAUUUGCAGGAACUGAACGAGUUCGACGACGAUGCAGCGCGUGUACCUCAGUCAGGGGAUACGGCUUCAAAACCGUCAACACCAUCGUCGGUAGUGUCGGGUAGUACUGCUGCGAGUGAGAAGGGAGACGACGAUGAUGAGUUUGGACACGACGAUGCAGCAGAAGACGACGCAGCUGAAGAGACAGGAAUUGGACGAGGUCGAAGAGGAAGUAGACGUGACCUAGCAACACCUGAUGGGUCAGAACAUGAGAGUAUGGAUGAGGAGGACAAGAAGACCGUAAAGUCGAGGAAACGACAGCGUCGCAGCUCGAAUGACCGGAGAAAAACGCCGAAGCGACCGAAGCUCUCGGCACCCCAAGAUCUUAACGGAAAGAAUGUCGAUAAGGUUCGUGAGAAAGCUCGUGAUGCUGCUGAGGAGCAAAAGUUGCAAGCUUGGAAGGCGUCAGUGCAAUCUCUACAGGGAUUCGAAGACUCGUUGAACCCCGUGGAUCGCUACGCACUUCAUUUCCGCGAAGAUGUGGAUCCUCUGUAUGCGUACACACCUGCUCAACAAGCAGCAGCUCUGGCCGGGGUGGAGUCGAAUCCAACAGCACCUACUUUGCUAGAAGACAUCGAGCAGACUGAAGCUGAGAAGCGGGAGGAAGAGGCUCGGCUUAUUGCAGAAGGGGAACUUGUGGUCGGUCAGAUUGAAGACAACGAGGAGACUAACUCAGAGCAGAUAGCAGAGCGAUACACCGAGCUAUACCGUCGCGAGCGAGCGCACGUUCUCUUUGAGAGUCGGAAGCGUCUUCUUACGGGUGCAGCUUGGUCGCUCAUGAAGUGUGCGAACACUGGCCAGCCCUUCUACUUCAAUGCCGAUACCCGUGAAGCAACGUGGGAGUGUCCUCCAGUGUGGAUCGCGAACGAGCAGCUCAAGAGCGCCCAGAAGAGAGGUUAUGAAGGCUUGCCACCGCCAGCGUUGCACCGUGUGAUGUCGCUGUUGUCUCCAUAUCCGGAACGGCAUCGAGCGCAGAUGGUAUGUCGGAGUUGGCACACGGCAGCGCAGCAUCAAUCGCUGUACGUCAAGGUGUCGGCUAGCGACUUUGAGUCAGGUUUGCCAGUGUCUUUAGCCAAGGUUCUCGCGAAGGUGGCUCCAGGUGACACUGUUCUCUUCGGUGCAGGUGUGUAUCAACUGGAUGAAACGCUGGAAAUCUCGAAGAGCCUGAGGUUAUUAGCAGCCCCGGACUCGCACGUGGAGCUACAGAUGCAUUCGUGUCGUGCGCAACUUCGCUGGAGUGCUCGUGGUGGCGUCAUUUGCGGCUUCCAUUUCACUCGAACUAGCAGUACUCCUGAUGUUGCUGCACGUGAGAUAAAACCGAGUAGUGAUGUCAAAGAAGGAACGCCCGUGGUCAAGGAAAGUAGACGUGUGUUACGCAAGCAGAACAAGAAGUUAGCGAACUGGCAGCAUUUGUUGAGUGUGGUGGGGGACGGACAACUGCGUGUGGAGUACUGCGAGUUUGACGGCAAUGGGCUGGGUAAUGCGUGUGUGUGCGUCUGGGGUCGUGCAGAGAAGAAGAAGAAGAAAAAGAAGAAACGUGGUGGAGGUAGUAGGUCCAGCUCGGCUCCGACAUCAAAGCCUGGCACACCUCUUGUUGGACUGUCACCAGCUUCGACUCCGGCUGCCACACCACGAGCUUCUGCACCAGCCACACCAGUAGUUUCUAUCAAGCUUGUUGCUACACCAUCAGUCUCAGCAGCAACCCCAACGACUACAACGCAGGUUUCCACGCCUGUGGCUGCUGUGAAUACGACGCAACGUGUUGCGCCUUCAACACCGAAGGCUCCAGUUCCAGUGGUUACUGCUACACCUGCAGCGCAAAUCGCCAAGUCUACGUCUGCCACUCCAGUGUCUACAGUGUUGCAUAGUACGACUCCUUCUACUCCUGUGAGUACCAUCACAAGGAUAGUGGCUCCACCAGUUUCUAGGCCGGUGAGUAUUGCCCCGAGGGCUACUACGCCGAUGUCAACUUCUGGAGGGACUUCAACGCCGCGUGUUACUACACCAUCGACUGCUACGCCGAGACCUACUAAGUCUACUAUCCCUGCCGCAGACACGUUGCUGGUGCUUCAGAAUUGUCGUAUUAGAGGAGCUGGAAGCUCGGGUGUGCUUCUUGUGCGUGGAUCUUUGGUGAUGACGCUGAAUACUGUGGAAGGGAAUGCGCACUCGGGUGUGACGGUGCUGGGUGGACAGGCCUUGAUGCGACGGAACAAGAUCCAGCGAAAUGCUCGCUUCGGCUUGCGACUGCUUUAUCACGCUGGUAAUGUGAUCGUGGAAGACAACGUGGUGUUUGGAAAUGCGUGUGGCAACCUGGACGUCGACAACUCGGGCCGACGCUUCGUUGUUCGCUUGAACGACAUGGACAAAGGCAAGAAGACGACCGAGAAGCUGCCACAUUCGCACGGCAAGCUACGACUGAAGACAUAUCGCGUGCUGGAGAAAGAAGUGCCACGUCCUGUGCCUGUCCCUAGUGUUACAAGUGCCACAAGUGAGUACUGGAAGAGACAACUGACUGGUACUGGAACAGUGACACCACCAGCGUCAGCGGCAUCGACGACAGCUACUCCGGCUAGACCUGUCAUCUCUGCUAACAACAUGAUGGCAGCUAGGAUUCCAAUGGGCUUUAUGCGGCCUGUAAUGUUCCCACAAGGAUCUAACGCGCUGCAUGUGUCACAUCUGCCGAUGGCAUUUGCGUCGCUGGGAGCGAAGCCUACGAUACCCUCCGUGACGUUGAACCGAUCAACUACAAGUGCGCAACUACCCACGACUGUUGCGAAUCUGCAACGGACUGUAAGUGCUCCUGGUGCUGCUGCUAGACCCGUCACUAUACCUGGAACUACGAGUGUCACUACCACAACAACAAGUACCGUAGCUACACCGAGUGGAAUGUCUGUGCCGAAGUAUCAACGAAAGCGUCGACCCAACACGCAGCAGAUUGUUGUCGGUGGUCGAGAGAUUGUGCUGCGUGACACGUGCGAGAAACCCACGGAGAAGGUAGUGAAGCCACGACGUCCCAAAAAUCCGCAGACGCCAGUGCCUACGUCUACAACCCAGCAGAUGACAUCACCCUCUGCGCUUCAACUGAAAUUCGCUCCUGGCUCAACAGCAGCAGCAGUGGCAGCAGCGAUGAGUGCGAUGAUGUCGAACACAGCGAAGCUACAAGCUGCUGCUAAGACGCAGGUUCAUACAGGUACUCCGGUUGUAAGUACAGGAGCGACCAAACCAGCAACACCUUCGACUACGAUGAGUACUGUUGACGUGAAGCCUGUAACACCAAAGCCAGUGGUGACUAUUACGGCGCCACUCCAGGCGGUAAGCACUCCGUCAGCCGUCACACAGACGAAAGCGACUGCAUCAGUGGCACCAGCAGCUCAAACUGCAGUGGUUUCGACUGUCAGUUCUAAGACAGGUACACCGCAACCUACAGUCGCUGCAGCACCGGCGGUGAAGGUUGGAAAUAUGUCGACGGUGACUUCAAAGGCGACGGUACCUGAUUCAUCGACCGUACCCGCAAAUGAGUCUGCAAAGCCAGGAGAAAAGCGGAAGUUGGAGGCUGCAAUAGAAACAACGGAGAAGAGUUCUGGAGCUGGCGAUGACCAGCCAGAAAAGAAGGUGAGCAAGCUAUAAGCGAGGGUACACUGGGUCUAUGACGAUAGAGGAGAAAAACACAAUGCUUCACAAUCUAUUUAUCAAUGAACAAAGCGACGAGACUUUGAGCUAAAGCUGUCAAGGUGCGGAGUUACUUGCAGUGGACUAGUUAUACAAGUGAUCGAACACUGCAGCACAUAGAUUUCCUUUAGGGACACAGAUUUUAUACCACUGCGAAUGGUCGCUGAUGCAGGGAGCUCCACCAGCGACGAGAAGAUCUCGAUCACAUUUGAAGGCGCGUAAAUCGCGAGUGCCGAAUCCACAGCCGCACUAGCCAAACGAAAGAUGUGAGUUGUGUGACAUUACUGGUGAAUACGUUAGUACCAGUGAUUCAAAUUUGCACGGUGGUAACAACAGAAGCCAGAAACUGAAAUUGGCGAGACCUUAAAAUGACAGCGAGUUGAUCAUCGAAAAAAAAAUCGCGCUGACGUAGAUGUACAUGAGCGAUGGUAUAUCAAUGAGCAGGCAUGCUUUCCAAGUGCCUGCCAAUUAAUACAAAGUUAGCCUCGGUGAAUGCAAAAAAAAAAAAAAGAAAAAAGAAACGCACUCCUAAUUUGGAC